GACGGCCGCCGGAGGUGUCGUCGGUGUGGUUCGCGACUGGGCCUGAACGUGCCGAGGGUCUUAUCCCGGGAAGCCUGAGCCAUGUCGAUUGAAAUCGAGUCCUCGGAUGUGAUCCGACUCAUCAUGCAGUACUUGAAGGAGAACAGUUUGCACCGGGCCUUAGCCACUCUGCAGGAAGAGACCACUGUGUCUUUGAAUACCGUGGACAGCAUUGAGAGUUUUGUGGCUGACAUUAAUAGUGGCCAUUGGGAUACUGUUUUACAGGCUAUACAGUCUCUGAAACUGCCAGACAAAACCCUCAUUGACCUGUAUGAACAGGUUGUUCUGGAAUUGAUUGAGCUCCGUGAGCUGGGUGCUGCCAGAUCUCUUCUGCGACAGACUGACCCUAUGAUCAUGUUGAAACAGACACAGCCUGAGCGCUACAUUCAUCUGGAGAACCUCUUGGCCAGGUCUUACUUUGAUCCUCGAGAGGCAUACCCAGAUGGAAGCAGCAAAGAGAAGAGAAGAGCGGCCAUUGCCCAGGCGCUCGCUGGGGAAGUCAGCGUCGUGCCUCCAUCUCGUCUCAUGGCAUUGCUGGGACAGGCACUGAAGUGGCAGCAGCACCAGGGGUUGCUUCCUCCUGGUAUGACUAUAGAUUUGUUUAGAGGCAAAGCAGCUGUUAAGGAUGUGGAAGAAGAAAAGUUUCCCACACAGCUGAGCAGGCACAUUAAGUUUGGCCAGAAAUCCCAUGUGGAGUGUGCUCGGUUUUCUCCAGAUGGUCAGUAUCUGGUAACUGGGUCUGUAGAUGGCUUCAUUGAAGUAUGGAACUUCACUACUGGAAAAAUUCGGAAGGAUCUUAAGUACCAAGCCCAGGAUAACUUUAUGAUGAUGGAUGACGCUGUCCUGUGCAUGUGUUUCAGCAGAGAUACAGAAAUGUUAGCGACUGGGGCUCAAGAUGGAAAAAUCAAGGUGUGGAAGAUUCAGAGUGGACAGUGUUUAAGGAGAUUUGAAAGAGCGCACAGCAAAGGUGUCACCUGUCUGAGCUUUUCUAAGGAUAGCAGUCAGAUCCUUAGUGCCUCUUUUGACCAGACAAUCAGAAUUCAUGGUUUAAAAUCUGGAAAAACACUGAAGGAAUUCCGUGGCCAUUCCUCCUUUGUUAAUGAAGCAACAUUUACACAAGAUGGACAUUACAUCAUUAGUGCGUCUUCUGAUGGCACUGUAAAGAUCUGGAAUAUGAAGACCACAGAAUGUUCAAAUACCUUUAAAUCCCUGGGGAGUACCGCGGGGACAGACAUUACUGUCAACAGUGUGAUCUUACUUCCUAAGAACCCGGAGCACUUUGUGGUAUGCAACAGGUCUAACACAGUGGUCAUCAUGAACAUGCAGGGACAGAUUGUCAGAAGCUUCAGCUCCGGUAAGAGAGAAGGUGGUGACUUUGUCUGCUGUGCCCUCUCCCCCCGCGGUGAAUGGAUCUACUGUGUUGGGGAGGACUUUGUGCUCUACUGUUUCAGCACAGUCACUGGCAAACUGGAGAGAACUUUGACAGUUCAUGAGAAGGAUGUGAUUGGCAUUGCCCAUCACCCUCAUCAGAACUUGAUUGCUACCUACAGUGAAGAUGGACUUCUAAAACUCUGGAAACCGUAACACUCUCGGCCAGCUUGGAAGCAUGUCCUUCAAUGAAGACGUACUUAUGUGUCACUCCCCCACCCCCGCCAAAGCCAGCUUUUCUAAGCAAAUGAACUGUCUGAACUAGCCACAAUAAUUUUGUGAGAAUUCAUGUCUAAGUAGCAGUAAUGCUUUUUUAAAAAAUGUAUUUUGAAGGUAAUUAGUUUAUCUGCUUUAACUGGGGCUGUCACUUAAUGUUUUCAUUAAUCUACCUAGAGUGAAAUUCUGGCAUUUCUAGAAAAAUAUUAUACUCCUUUGAUUAUCUAAAUGUGCCUCCUAUUCUAGAACUUGUAAAUAAGAACUACCCCAUAUUCAAUAGGUUUUUUUUUUUUAAGUUAAUAAACUUUACAUUUU